AUGGCAGGCGAGAAGACCACACACGAAGAGAUCUCGAGUGAACACCCUCAAGUUCAUCACGAUGACAGCGGCCUCCAUCACGAUCAUGUAGCCGCCGAGGCUCUUGGUGGACGUACGCAUGAUUUGCCUAAAGGAUAUUACUAUAGCCCUGGCUUCAUCGGCACGCUUGUUGCCACGUGUUUGGCCCAGAUAUCUGGAUACCUUGGAUGGGUGCUUCCAUCGAACACCCUCUCCUUGAUUAACGCCGCCAUCGGCCCUUCUCCGGAUAUAAUCUGGGUGUCUAUAUCAUGGACAGCCGGCUUUGCAAUCGGCUUCACACUUGUUGGUCGACUCUCUGAUAUAUUCGGGCGACGGUGGUUCUUCAUAGGAUCUUCCAUCCUGAGCCUGAUCGGAAACAUCAUUGGAGCUUCCGCGCAGAGUAUUAAUAUGCUCAUUGCCACGAACUCAAUCAAUGGACUCGCAGCGGCUGGUCAGCUCUCCUUCAAUGUUGUCCUUGGGGAACUCGUGCCAAACAAGCUUCGUGGCCCAAUUAAUGCCUUUGUACUUUCUACUUCUGUUCCUUUCGCGGUAUUUGGGCCCCCUGUUGCGCGAGCCUUCUACGAGCACACCGCGCUGCAGUGGCGUUGGUCAUAUAUUCUAGGUGUCAUUGUCAAUGUCAUCGCUAUCACCUUAUACUACUUUUUCUACCACCCGCCGACCUAUGAAAUGCUUCACAUUGGAGGUAAAUCGAAGCUUAAGCAACUCAGAUCUCUUGACUGGGUCGGUAUCUUUCUCUUCACUGCUGGUCUAUGCGUCUUCCUAAUUGGCCUGAAUUGGGGUGGCUCAUCUUACCCAUGGAAAUCUGGACACGUCCUUGGAGCUCUCUUUGCCGGAUUCUUUGGACUUGUCAUCUUCUGCUUCUGGGAAUCGUAUUCGGGGCUUGAGUACCCUCUAAUUCCCAUGCGGUUGUUCAAAAAUAUCAAAUACAAUGCCAUUGUGGCUUGUGCGAGUAUCGGAGGGAUGGUGUACUACGCGAAUACCGUCAUUUGGCCGACGAUGAUCGGAGCACUCUUCACGACGGAUGUGACGAAGACCGGAUGGCUUUCCUGCGCAGUUGGUGGAGGUCUUCUCAUGGGCCAGAUCCUCGGUGGAAUCGGCGUCCGCAUCCUCCCUCGAAUGAAGAUCCAAAUGACGGUCGCAAGUGUCAUUUGUGUCAGUUUCGUCGGUGCAAUCGCGGCCUCUAACCAGCAUACAGAACAUCGCACUGUUGGGUUCCUCCUCAUCGGUACCAUGGCCGCCGGAUAUAUUGAGAACCUUACUCUCAGUACCAUGGCCUUGGUCUGGGACGCUGCUGACAUCGGCCUUGUUGCUGGUGUCAUGGGUGCCAUUCGAACAGCUACUUCAGCAGUCGCUACCAGCAUGUACUCAUCUAUCCUCACCACCGAGGCUGGGAAGUACAUCCCAAAGUAUGUCGCCCCUGCUGCUGUUGAUGCUGGACUUCCCGAGUCGUCUCUGGCCGCUCUCUUUGCUGGAAUUACGGCUGGUGAUUUUUCUGCGGUUCCUGGAAUCUCGCCACAUAUUAUUGCAAUUGUAAGCGAUCAGGUCAAACAUGCGUACUCGCUUGCUUUCCGGACUGUGUUUCUCUGCACGCUGCCGUUUGGAGUACUAUUGCUGAUUGCAGCUGUUAUUUCACCGAAUGUUGAGGAUUAUCUUACUGAUGAGGUAGCGAGGAAACUGCAUGGCGCUGGGAUUGAGAAGAACGAGCCAGUCGUGAAGAAAGAGGUUGUUGAUGAGGUGUAA